AUGCCCGCAGGACGUAGAGAACCUCUUUUGGGCCUCAGCAACCCAGGGCCCCCAAAUCCUGAAGCACAGAGGACUGUGGAGCCCCAGGUGGAAAAGCCCGAAGAAGGGGAGCAAGGCCAAGGUGGUGAACAGGGUGCUGGCAGCGAGAACGCCAGCCUUGACCAGGUGCUUGAUAUUCAAGGAGUGCCUAAGCGUGGCCAGCCUGUGACAGCUGAUCAUGAAUGGAGAAAGAGAACCAGCAAAGGCCAGGAGCAGACACAGCCUGAGGAAGAAAUGAUCACAGUGCGGCUGAAAUUCCUGAAUGAAACGGAAGAGGUUGCUUUGGUGAGGCCAGAUGACACCAUCGGAACUCUCAAAAGUAAAUAUUUCCCAGGCCAGGAACCUCAGAUGAAGCUCAUUUUCCAGGGACAGCUCCUACACGACUCCUCACAGACCUUGCGCUCCCUCCAUAUCACAGACAACUGCGUCAUCCAUUGCCACCGUUCUCAGGCAACAGUCUCCUCCUCCCCAGUAGGCCCGGAAUCUGGAGGGACAUCUACGGAGCACACCGGCCUCACCCCACCCAUUGGGAACCUGAUGAUACCCAUCUUUGUGGUCAUGCUGGCACUGAUCUGGUAUUUCCGGAUCAACUACCGCCAGUUUUUUACUGCCCCCGCCACGGUCUCCCUGUGCGGGGUCACUGUUUUCUUCAGCUUUUUGGUCUUUGGCAUGUAUGGGCGAUAA